UACAAAUACAAUUUAAUACCAUACUAUACCAUAUGAUACGAUACAUACCCAGUAGCUAGCAACGCAAUUCUUGUCAGCCUAUUCAUCCAUCUACCUGGGUAUUGAGAGAAAGAUUGAUUCAGAUCGGGAAGUAUCCUUUUCCAUAUUUCGUAUAAAAGCUCAUUUACUUCUUCCCUUUGUUCAUUUCUUCCCUCUCUCUUUUCUCAAUACAUACAAAUGCGCAUCUCUCCUCUCCAUUCCCUCCUCAAGCUUCGGCAUCGUCCACCACAACUACCACGACCGCGCAAAAUAUCAUCAACAUCAUCAUCAUCCUCUUCUUCCUCAACCAAUUCCAACCCAUCCACACCCAACCCCAAAUACACCCUUAAAGCCAUGUCAGGCUCUGUCAUAGGCGCAACGCUCUUUGCGGCCAGUAUGAGUAGUCCGGCAGCGCUGGACAAGAUCCCGGAAAAUGCGAAGGAGAAGAGACAUCAUUUGAAGGAGGGAGAGGGGAAGGGGUUUACGAAUCCAUGGGAUUCGUGGAAGGAGAUGGGGGUAUUAGGGAUUGGGAUGGCUAUGGCUAGAGCCAAAUUAUCCGGAGAAUUUGGCACACCAGAUACAACUCCUCCAACGGUUCCCGUCAUAAAACCUACCUUCCUACCUACUCGUGCUACAUCUUCCCUGCGUGCAACUUGGCUUGGACAUGCCUGUUACUAUGUCGAAUAUCCCUCCGGUCUACGUGUACUCUUCGAUCCUGUCUUUGAAGAGCGUUGCUCACCAUUUUCAUUUAUGGGUCCCAAACGCUAUACACCUAUCCCUUGCAAAUUAUCUGAGAUUCCAAUUGUUGAUCUUGUGGUUAUAAGUCAUAGUCAUUAUGAUCAUUUAAGUCAUCCUACAGUUAUGGAAAUACAUAAAAGCCAUCCGAAUGCUCAAUUUAUUGUAGGACUGGGAUUGAAGAAAUGGUUUAAGGAAUGUGGAAUUGAGAAUUGCGUGGAGAUGGAUUGGUGGGAAGAUAUCGAUGUUACUUUAUCUCCUAUUACAGGAGAGAAACGUAUUUCUACUUCCUCUCAAACAUCUCCCAAUAAUUCUCCACCGCCUUCACCCCCUUCUUCGUCUCCCACAUCCAUAUCUCCUAUAACCGCCCGCAUAAGUUGUCUUCCCUCACAACAUACAUCCGCACGUACGGCCUUUGAUAAGGGACAUACACUGUGGUGUUCAUUUGCUGUUACUUCCAACUCGAAAUCUGUUUGGUUUGGUGGAGAUACGGGUUAUCGAGCUGUUCCACAAGUUCCCAAAGGAACUGAUGAUUAUGGACCUGAAUAUCAACACUUGCCUAUUUGUCCCGCGUUUAAAGAGAUUGGAGAAUUAAGAGGUCCCUUUGAUUUGGGACUUAUUCCUAUUGGUGCUUAUGAACCUCGUCACAUUUUCUCUCCCAUGCACGCUAAUCCUUUUGAUUCGGUCAAUAUAUUCCUCGACACCAAGUGUAAACGUGCUAUGGGGAUCCAUUGGGGAACAUGGGUUUUGACACCUGAAGCGGUUAUGGAACCACCUCAGUUAUUGAAGAAAGCGUUGACUUGGAAGAAUAUACCCGAGACGGGAGUCUUUGAUGUUUGUGAUAUUGGGGAGAGUAGAGAAUUUUAAGGUAGAUUUAAGUUAGAGGGUUGAAGUAGAGAGUAGAUGAUGAUGUCAUUCGUGAUUAUUUAAAUCGGUAGAUAGUCAUUUGAUACGCGAUUUAAUAAAUACAUUUGAAUAUAAAAAUUUCAAUGAUCGA